UAUGGAACGACGCCGUCCGCGGACGUGUUUCGCGGUCUUUGAACGUAGCUAAUUUUAACUAGGUUAUUACGCGUGGCGUUAUGGAUUUACCUGGGAACGGAGCAUCGCGCGAUCUCGUUAAAUGUCCUCUAACGUUACCGCAGUUCUCCGAGCUGCGUUCAAUGCCGACUGCCGCAGCCGCUGCAAUCGCCGCCAUCGCUGCGGCUGAUAGCCGUAGCAUGCAAUCGCAGGGGGUGCAAACCACUGUCCAAGCGGUCACGUCUCCGCAAGAGACUUCGACAAGUACACUCAGCAAAUAUCUUGCGACACCUUUACCUGGCUGGCAGGAUACUUUGAUUCAAUUGUGCGAGAAGCAAGUGCUUAACAUAAUUAAUGUCCCCAGUUAUAGUCAAAAUAACAUGACACUCGGUGCACAAUCGAGUAAUUUUAGUUUUAUUAAUAGUCUAUACUUACCUUCUACGUCGCAGGCAGAUACUGUAAAGCAAGACAUAGAUAUCCAGCCUAAAGAGGAGAAAAAUUCAGACAAGGAAUCUGAAAUUCUGUUAAAGCAACACCAAACAGCAGCAGCCAUGGCUGAAUACUUACAGAAAUUACCAUCUGAAUUUUCUCUGCGAGAAGCGUUUGGGCUAUGUGCAGAAGUAAAAAAGGAGAAGACACGGGAAGAGAAAGUAGAGCACGUGCAGAAUAAUAUUCUAAAUAUACCAAAUAUCAGAAACAUUUAUCUACAAAAUGGCAACAAUUUUGCAAACUCGGAUCAGAUGACCAUGACUGUUAAUCCGAGCGAUUUGAAUCUGCAAAAUGAACAAGAAAUUGAAAACAAUUUGCGAAAUGUUCUAAAAGUCGAGCAGCAAGUACAAACCGAUUUGCCAAAAAUCGAGAAAAAAUCGAAAUUUCGAGCGAAAAUUAGCGAGAUUAAAAUCAGUGUUAACUACGACGGAACUACGCUUUAUUGUUGCCCGGAGUGCAAUUUAGGGUUUCCAGACAAGGCGGACAUCGAACAACAUAUACAGGCUCAUCUUCAAGAACGAAAGUACCAAUGCAAAGAAUGUGGUGCCAUGUUGAAAAGAAAGGAGCAUCUUGAUCAGCACAUGCGAGGUCAUUCGAACGAGCGACCUUUUAAAUGCGAGGUAUGCCAGAAGGCUUUCAAGAGAAAUGAACAUUUAACAAGACAUACCGUCAUCCAUUCCGGCAACAAGGAUUUUCCGUGUACUAUGUGCCAGAAAGCGUUUUCGCGCAAGGACCACUUAAACAAGCACUUUCAAACGCAUUUUGGCAUUCGUAAGAACAAAAAGGAAGAUUCUUAUUAUACCGAUCAAAAAGAUACAAGAAUAUUCGAUAACAGUACCGAUAUCGCGGCGUCGCCUAAGCAGGAGGUGAGCUAUAUUUUAAAGGACGGUUCCUUAAUGAAGCAGGAAAAUAUUGCAUACGUUCGCUUCUAUUAA